GCAGAGGUAGGCAGGGUUCCCGAGCGGCUCUCCAGGCUCCCUGAGCUGGGCCUUGGGGGUCCACCGGCUUCUUGGCCCGAGCUGCUGCGCGUGCAGAUGGCCUUGAGCGAUCGCCGGACCCCGCUGCGGUGGCCAAGUACAGGGCUUGUGGCUGGGACCCCUGAGAACCAGGAGCCAGACUGUGCCCAGCUUUCCAGGCCAGAGCCACGGGCAGGCACAAGUCUGUCAGGCCGCCACCAGCCCUGGUCCAGCCGUCAGGGCCCAUCCGACCGUCAGCGAUGUUUUAUUUCCACUGCCCGCCACAGCUAGAGGGCACUGCGCCCUUUGGGAACCACUCUACUGGGGAUUUCGAUGAUGGGUUUCUUAGAAGAAAACAGCGCAGGAACCGGACGACCUUCACUCUUCAGCAGCUGGAAGCUCUGGAGGCAGUCUUCGCCCAAACACACUACCCAGAUGUCUUCACCAGAGAAGAGUUAGCUAUGAAAAUAAACCUCACAGAAGCCAGAGUGCAGGUUUGGUUCCAGAACAGAAGAGCCAAAUGGAGGAAGACAGAGAGAGGGGCCUCUGACCAGGAGCCAGGGGCCAAGGAACCCAUGGCAGAGGUGACACCACCACCAGUGAGGAACAUCAACUCUCCACCCCCAGGGGACCAGGCCCGGAGUAAAAAGGAAGCCCUGGAGGCCCAGCAGAGCCUGGGACGCACAGUGGGCCCUGCUGGGCCUUUCUUCCCUUCCUGUUUGCCAGGGACCCUCCUGAACACAGCCACUUAUGCCCAGGCCCUGUCCCACGUGGCAUCUCUGAAAGGGGGCCCACUGUGCUCUUGCUGUGUCCCAGACCCUAUGGGGCUUUCCUUCCUCCCCACUUAUGGCUGCCAGAGUAACCGCACCGCCAGCGUGGCUGCCCUGCGCAUGAAGGCCCGCGAGCAUUCAGAAGCUGUCCUUCAGUCUGCCAACCUUCUGCCAUCCACCAGCAGCAGCCCGGGCCCUGCCUCCAAGCAGGUGCCUCCAGAAAGCAGCCAGGACAAGACCUCCCCAACCAAGGAACAGAGCGAGGGAGAGAAGAGCGUAUGAGGGUCCAGAGUACCCGGCUGGGAGCAGCCUCAGCCCUGCCAUCCUCUGAACCACAAGGAGUAGCUGCCUCCUCAUGGAUCUGGCAGGGAAGGGGAGACCUGAAGCUGGUUGAGACCUGGAGAGUCCUUCUAGAAUUCUGCUGGUAGGCUGUGUUGUUCUGGCUUUUUCUUUGGUGACAUUUUCCGAUGGCUCUUAGUGACUUUGGACACCGCUCUGUGAUGAGGCCCCUGUUUUUUGUUUGUUUGUUUGUUUUUGUCUUGUUUUGCUUUGUUUUGUUUGUUUUCCAGGCUAAGCAGCCUUGGAGCAAAGCAGAUUAGUUCUUCCCACCAACCUUCUUGAGCUAUUUGGGAAGGUCUUGUCAAUUACAAGGACUAUGGCAUGGUUCGUCCCUGAAAGAUGCCAAGAAGUAACAUCUCAUGACAGGAAAUGAGACAGUCACUCCCAUAUUGCUUAAGAACCACAGAACUGGUGGACUAUCAACCAGUUCUCACUCCCUUCAGCCAAGACUGGCAACAAUCCCUUUUCUCUUGUUUAAAGGAAUUAGCUGAGGUUUUGGUUAGAAAGUGACAAGAUAUGAGCUGAGGACACAGCGGUCCUGACCCUAGCAGAUUUCCGUGGGCGCAUCUGACCUGGUCCAGUCAGACAGAUUGUCAGUUAUGUGCCCCCCUCCCGGAGGGGGGCUGCAAUCCUGAUACUGUGUGUGUGUGGAGCAAAUGUAGGUUCCCUGCAAUUAGAGUGUCCACUUGCAGGCCUCGCCUCUCUUCAGAAGAGUGAUGGGAAAUUCACCAAUCAGAAUGUAGCUUUGUGGCCCAUGAACGAACAAGAGUCCCUGAAGGGGGAGGAAAUCCUUAAGAUCCCUGAAAUACUUAUGCCCAGACGAACUGCCCUUCUUCAUUUCCCCCAUAUGUAGAGAGGGCGAUGAGUCAGGACACCCCGGAAGAUGACUCCGUGUGGUGGAAGAGAACGGAGUCCAAAGGGCCAAAUUUCAUAGAGAUUUCUGCCUCAGUCUAGUGUGGCUGUGUCCUUUCAUGUGAAUGGUGACCUCGGAGCGAUCAAAGGGAGAUGUGCAAUAGCAUGAACCCGGUUCCUGGUCCGGUCCUGGAAGAGUUGUGGUCGUUGGUGGCUUUUGCUGAUGAUGUUGCCACGCAAACGGUUAUUGCUUUCAUGAAGGCUGCUAUCAUUUCAGUUCUGAUAAUUGAGAGGCUGUGCUUUCAGGCUCUCCGCCUCCCCUUAACUCUUCAGGAGCGCCCCCUCCCUGUAAUACUCCUAAGUGUAUCGUGCCUCACUUACGGUUACUGCAACACAUUUGAUGGAACACACUGUCUCCUUUA